AUGAACAGCACCGAGAGCAGCAUCCGCCAGCAGAUUCGCAAGCCAGUUCGCUGCCAAAAGCCAAAACCAAAGCCAGAGCCAACCGAACCGGGCCAGGUCUAAUGGAACGUGUGUGGUAGUGAAGUGAACCAGUCUAAUUACAAGAAUUUUGCAGCAGUCGAGCUCAGCGGGAUUAAAAAAAACAAUAGAUAUUGCCAGGACCGUGAAUGACUCUUCAAAAGUGCCACGAGCACAUGUACAUAAAAUAAAAACAGAGCCAGCGCUCCAGAAUAGAACACAAUUAAGCGAUAUUAUGUUGCCGUCAACAUGAGUAGAAAGUCAGCGAAAGCAGCUCCCCGAUAAGAAAUAAGAAAGCCCCAACACCACCCGACCGAAUAUAAACUGAAAAAAAAAAUUGUUUCCAUCUUCGAAAAGUUAAGAGCGGAGAACAAAGUAAGAAAAUCAUAAUGAUGAUGGAUUAACUGUUCCCAGUUGUUGUUGAUGUUGGGUGAGUGAGAAAGCGAGAGUGUGGGAGGAGCAGCGGAAGUCGCAGCAGCAGCAGCAGCAACAGCAGUAACAGCAACACAGCAGCAACAUUGCAACAGCAACAGCAGCAGCAUCAGCAACAUCAGCAAAAUCAGCAAAUACAAAGGAAACAUUUAGCAAUAUUGAAACCAGCUGCCAAAUAAACUGCACUCUGCCCUCGGUUAUUUCAAGGCUCGCUGCUUGGCUCAAACUUAGCCUCAUCUCAGGACUUGUACUUCUCUGUAAACCCGUUCCGCAAAAUCAGUCAAGCUGGCGUCGCUCAAGCAGAAAAAUAACAAGAACACUAUAAGCAAUUACAAUAACAAUAUAAUGUGGAGUAGUACGAUAUCGCCAACGAACUCUAAGAAACUACUGAUCGGAAGCACACGAAGCGUUGAUUAUGUCGGUGAUAGUGCAAGGACCGCAGCAGGCAAUAUCAAAACAGGAGCAGCAGCAGCAGCAGCAGCAGGUGCCAAAGGAUCAAAAGCGAAAGCCACAGCCGCAGCAACCAAGAUCUCAAUCGAAAUGGAGCUCCACAUCCAGAAUAAGUGCAUCUCGGCAUAGCGCAUCACUCUGGAGGGUGGUGCGGAGCCGCCAUGGCUGCAGGGCCCCCUUAAAGCCGCAUUUUUGGGGGCUACUGGCGUCGGCAAAACAAGCAUACUACAGCAAUUUUUCUACCAUGACUUUCCCAGGGCUCAUCAGACGACAACACAUCGCAAGAUUUAUAAAAACUGUCUGGUCUGCGACACCUGCAUACGUGAGCUGAUGGUACUGGACGUUCCUCCCCAGAAGCGAUUUCCGGCUGACAACUUCGCCGAGUGGAACAACGGACAUCCGCUGGGGCUGCGAACGGUGCACGCCUAUGUCUUGGUCUACGACAUGGGCAACCUGGAGACAUUUCAGUACUGCCGCUCGAUGAGAGAUCAAAUCUUGGACAGUUUCAGUCAUCGUGAUUUUAGCAUAAUUGUGGUCGGCAAUAAAUUUGACAAUGUGACUGAGGCGCAGGCCAACUCGCAGGAGCUCAAGGAUAUUUCCACGCUGGUGCGCAAACAUUGGCGCUGCGGCUACGUGGAGUGCUCGGCGCAAUACAACUACAAAAUCGGCGACGUUUUCCGCGAGCUGAUGGGCUGCACCAGCACGGGAGGAGGAGGCGGCGCCGGAGGAGGAGGAGGAGGAGGCGUGGCCGGGGUCGGUGGCCUGGUUGGCACUGAGUACUCACAAUCAACUAGGAAUAAAGGACGCUGUACAAUACUUUAGCAAAUGUUGCAUAAGUUUUUUAAGCAAUCGUUCUGAUCGGGCGCAUUACAUCCGAGUGAAUUCGCUACGGGCAGCAGCAGCUGCAGCUGGGACAAGGUGGCGUAUACGCAAUCUCCAAGGAGGACACACAAAGACGACAUUGUUGCCCCCUGUUGCCCUCCAACGACUGCAGAUGCAUAUUUUAGCAUACAUUUUUAGUGGCCACACUCCACUCCCCACCACAUCCCGCUUUGUUUGCCAUUAUUACAACUCUUUUCUGGCUGCUUUUAUGGGCGCUUUUUGCUGUGCUCAUUUAAAUGGCGACGGGACUGCCGAACGGAGGACCACCUCCGCCUUUGGCCACCAGAUCCAGAUCCCUGCUGACAACUUUCGUGCGUCCGCAUUUGCAAUUCAAUGGCAGUGGAUGGCAGGAAGUGCAGUUGCCAUGAAUAUGCAGCGAUAUCCGCAAAGUGCAGCAACAAUUGCCGGCGAAAAGCUUGUUUUCUACAUGGUUAUGGUUAUUGUUAUAGUUGUGGUUAUUAUUUCUGUCGUGGAACGUAAAUAGGCAAUUAAUCCCACCAUAAUUUACAAUACAUUUUAUGUACGACCGAAUAACCUUGUUAUUGGAACAAAUUCAAGUCGUAUAAGUACUAAAGUAGUUAACCUAAGCUAUACACAUAUAUUAAAGCAUACUUUAACGUUGUGAUCAUUUCAAGAAUUAGUUCUUAAGGCACACAAACACACAAACAUCAGUUAAUGUCAAGUAACAAGUCAAGUCUACAAAAGUGGAUUACAAGAAAUACCUAGUUUUAGGACAACAUACGACUAAGAGCAAUUUAAUAAAUAGCCCUAAGAAUUUGGGAAAGCGACGGAAGGCGGUAAAAUCAAAGAUCUACAAUCAUGCCAUCAAAAUCGUAAUGCGGUUUGCAUUAAUAAUUUGUUGAAGUUCAUUUAAAUUGUUUACUCCUUACACGAUGAAUUGUUAUUGAAUACAGCUAACAAAGUCAAUAACAAAUUCCAUUCCAUAGAAUUCAUGAAAUCGAAUUCAUUAUUGUGUUUAUUCAAAUUGAAAACUUAAUACCUAUUAGUUUUUGUCGUGAAGCAGUCGUGAUCAAGAAGCCUUAAGAACCCAGAAGCAAAUAUUUCAUAGUAUACCUUAGACUAAACCAAGAAAACAACUUGAUCAAAGCGCACAAAAAACGAAGAUUGUGUUAUUAAGGCAUAAUAAUAAAAAAAGUAAAAUUUGUGUAUUGUAAUGUAGUGACAAACGAAACUGAUCUGGCCGAUCUAUUAGUAAGUAACGUGUCUCUCUACUACUCUAUCGGCUGGAUAUCGCCAAGUUAAUUAUAUUCAGUGCUGAUCCACGAAACACAUACAUACCAUACCGAUCUCUUUCUUUACCUCAAGAAACAAACUCAAACUACUCAAAAGAAAAGCAAUCAAGGCUGACUUUGUACAUAGAGAUUUCAAAGGAAGAACUUUGCGAAAAGCUAUGGAAACCGACUUUUACAGCAAUAUAAGUAAGCUCUAACUGAUAUUCAAGGUAGAUAACUGGGCGCACUGCCAAAAAUUGGUUCCACUCCCAGUUGAGUGUUCGGCUAAUCUAGAAGUACGAUAUUUAAGAAUCAAAUGAGUUCGAAACAAUUAUUUGAAAUUAUUUCAAGGUUAACCCAUGCAAAAUCGAUAAUAAUACAUCAAAUAACAAAGCAUUAUUGUUAAAAAUAAAUUUAUGAAAUAUAUAUUUGCGGCUUUGAUAAAGGACAUAUAACGUUAAAAGAUUAAUGAUAAAUAGCAGCUUAAAUUGCUUACUUGUUCAACUGAUCCUCCAAACCGGGAAUUUUCCAGCAUUCGCACCCAUCGCCGAACUGAUCCCAACUUGAGAAAUGUGUUCACAUGUCACUUUCUAAACCGGGAAUUUUCCAGCAUUCGCACCCAUCGCCGAACUGAUCCCAACUUGAGAAAUGUGUUCACAUGUCACUUUCUAAACCGGGAAUUUUCCAGCAUUCGCACCCAUCGCCGAACUGAUCCCAACUUGAGAAAUGUGUUCACAUGUCACUUUCUAAACCGGGAAUUUUCCAGCAUUCGCACCCAUCGCCGAACUGAUCCCAACUUGAGAAAUGUGUUCACAUGUCACUUUCUAAACCGGGAAUUUUCCAGCAUUCGCACCCAUCGCCGAACUGAUCCCAACUUGAGAAAUGUGUUCACAUGUCACUUUCUAAACUGAAACAACCCAUUUUACACUUGCAGAAAACUCCUCGCAAGUAAGCAACUGAAAAGCCCAAGCAUCCACAUACGAGUAUUUAUAUGAAACAUACCUAUAUAUACACGAAUAUAAAUGUAACGAUAAUUGUACGAGUUUGGUUCAAGUUUUUGUCUUUGAGUUUUAACAUUUACGGAUUCGUCAAAAUGGCUGUUAAUUUUUGGGAAAUAAAAAUGCUAACGCAGAACAGUUGAAGGGAAUUAAACAGAAUAAAAUAAAGGCAACAAGGACAAUUGUUGAAUUAUUUACAUUUAAGCAACACGUUGCCUGCGACAGUUUGAAACAAAAGGAGGAAGUAGUUGUAGCAACUUAACAAUUAAAGUCUAAAAAUUAAAGUAUAUAUUAACGAAUCAAAUGCUUCAGCCGCUUGUUGUUUGUUCAAACCAUUCAAACGUAAUUAGUUUUAAGAAAAAGCCGCUACGUUUAGAUAAGUAUUACAAAAGUGCAGACGGCGCUCAUGAUCUCUGUUAUUUUUUUAUAAUAAGGACAUGAUGCGACCGCAAAGUAGAAACAAAUUAUUAAUUGGAGAGGAGCUAACCACAGAGUAGGAAGAGAAACGCACCGAAACUAAAUGUUAAGCAAUCGGGCAUAAAAAGCGGUCCGGAAAACGAAGCAAACAAAUUGUACUUAGUGUAUAGUAGAUUGCACUACGGGCAUGAAUAUGAUGAUGAUUAUUCGACGACAGACCGAUAGCAAAGUAGAGAACGUUUUUGAAAAAUGCGCAACAGACGCCAAUAAAAACAAAAUAAAGUGAUAUAUAAAAGACAA